UCGUCAAGUGGUCGCUAGGUGGUGCCUAAAUACCAAUCUUCCCCUUCCAUUAUUACAUAUAUACAACAUGGGAUUCUCAUUCCCCUUGUCCUCUCGGACAACCCUACUGAGGUUUCAUUGCAAUGAGCCGGCGCCCCAUCCCCCAUGGAUAUUCGCCCCUUUGAAGCUAAACUUUGCGUCUCGUAUUACGAGAGCACGCGAGUCAGUAUGUACGAGCAUUGACAGAACCGCUAAAAUUUGUAAGGAUGUAUGCGUUACAAAUGCAAACUGCUUGUCAAGGAGAAGGCAAUGGAGAACCUGAUAUCCCGGCUAGCCUUCAUCAAGAACCUACACGACCAUCUAUACAAGACUGUAGCUCCUUUGAUAUUGUUAGAGCUACUCAGUAUGGAGCAUUGGAUCGUGUUACCGAAUUGGUAGAAGCCGGAGCAGAUGUAAAUCAACCAGAUGCAGAAACAGUAACAUUACUGCAUUGGGCAGCAAUAAAUAAUUAUAAAGAUAUAGUAAAGUAUCUAAUGGUUAAAGGAGCUGUUGUUGAUGCUAUUGGUGGUGAAUUAAUUUCGACUCCAUUGCAUUGGGCAACUAGGCAAGGACAUUUAGGUAUAGUGGUUAUAUUGAUGAGAGCAGGAGCUGAUCCAACUUUAAGAGAUUCCGAAGGCUUUUCAUGCAUUCACUUAGCAACUCUAUUUGGUCAUACAGCUAUUGUAGCUUAUUUAGUUGCGAAAGGAGUCAAUCCAAAUAUGUUAGAUAGAAGUGCUAUGACACCUCUUAUGUGGAGCGCUUACAAAGUUAAUAGUUUAGAUCCCACAAGGUUGUUAUUAACAUUAGGUGCAUCGCAUACACUAACAGAUAAUUUACACGGUAAUACAGCUUUACAUUGGGCUAUUAUAGCCAAAAAUAAUACAGCGAUAUCUACGUUAGUUCAUCAUGGAGCAUCCUUAGAUAUUCCAAACUUUAAAAAUGAGACCCCAAUGACAUUAUUAGGACCUCACAUUGGAGCUGCUUGGUUGGGUCAUAAAAUAAGUCAAGAGAUUAAAGAAAAACAAGGACGUACAAGGACAUGGUGCAGGGAUAAGAGAAUACGCUGGUAUUGUAUGGUCAGUACACCAUUUAUAGUGUUUUAUGUAAUAGGAAUGAUAUUACAAAGUGGAUUGGAUUAUAUAAUAAAACUAGGUGCCUUCAUAAUGCUCUAUGUAGGAAUAUAUUCAGCUAAUCAUUUUAUCUUUGAUGAAAGACUAUUUCAUAUCUUGCCAUUGUCCAUUUAUUUGGCUACUAAGAUGUGGAUAUAUGUUACAUGGGUAUUCUGGUUAGGCAUUCAUGCAGCUUGGUAUUUAUGGUUAUUAUUAAUUGGGGGUUCCGUUCCUCUUUGGAUAUGCUUCUUACAAUCUUGGCGUGGAGACCCAGGAGUCAUUACAGCAAGUCAUGAAGAUAAAUUAAACACAAUAAUAGAAUUAGCUGAGUCAGGUGGUUUUGAACCGCAAUGGUUUUGCAGCAGUUGUUUAGUUAGGAGACCUGUACGAUCAAAGCAUUGUUCUACAUGUGAUAGAUGUAUCGCAAGAUUUGAUCAUCACUGUCCUUGGGUUAAUAACUGUAUUGGAGCACACAAUCAUAAAUAUUUUCUAGGUUUUUUGGCAUCGUUAUUAGGUCUGUGCAUUGUUAUUUUAUCUGCUAGUGUGCAAUACUGGCAGUUUGAAUGUUGGACUAAUUUGACAAAUGGUCAUAGCGCAGAUAAUUAUUUAGUAGCUACUGCUACCUGCGAUGCUUGGAUUAUGUGGAUCGCAGCAAAUACCUCUCUUCAUUCAUUUUGGGUUGGCAUGUUGUUAGCUUGUCAAUGUUAUCAGAUCAUGGUACUUGGAAUGACCACAAAUGAAAGAAUGAAUGCUGGACGUUAUACGCAUUUCAAACAAGGAAAUCCAUUCCAUCGUGGUGCACUACAGAAUGCUGCUGAUUUUUGCAAUUUUAAUUUUUGUGGAGUAAAAGCAAAACCAAGUUCUGAUUGGUUACACAGUUUUGACCUUAAACAAAGUAUUGAAAAAUUACCUUUACUUGCUGCGAAAGAAAAUUUUCAAUAUGUUUAAGUUUGAUAGGUCAACGAAAACUUUUUUCAUUGACAUAAUAAAAAUCUAGCCAUUAGAAGCUAACCUAUGCCAUAUCAAAUACCUGAACUUCUGGCCCACCAAAGAAUUGUUGUGAAAAUGUAAGUGAUCUUUCAUAAAGCAGUAAUUACUCGCAUGAUUGUUUACGUUAUAUAUAUAUAUAUAUAUAUAUAUAUAUAUAUAUAUAUAUAUAUAUAUAUAAUAGACAGACACAUACACACACACACACACACAUACACAUAUAUUUUAAAUAAUCCAAUCCAGUGAUAGAGCAUAAGAAUUUAAAAAUUUGUCUACUUUAAAAGACUGUUUGGUCACAAACAUGCAUAUCCCAUGAUAUACAUUUUGCAACGGAGUACUAUGCACAAUUAAUAUCUUCUUUCUUCUCUGAAAGUUAUCUACCAACUAAUUUUAAUUCAUCAUUGAGAUUAUACUUUCUAUGAUUUGAUGUGUGUAUUUUUGUUGUGGACAUUAUCAUAUAUAUACAUAUAUAUAUACACACACACACUCUCUAUUUUAUACCUCUCUAUAAUUAUUUUAUUAUUCUGUAAUAUUUGUAAAUACGAAUGUCUUGCCAUUCUACAUAUAAAUUAAUUUCAAAUAUGUAGCCAUCAAUAUCAUCAGGAUAUUAUACAAUUCUAUAAAAACAGAAUAAUAAGAUCUGUAUUUGAAAAUCUAUAUUACAAAUGAUAAGGAAACGUAUAAAAUAAACAGAUUAUUAAACAAUGUAAUGGGUCUAGAUUAAAUUAGGAUAUUUAGUUAACUAUAAGUCAGAGAUAUGCAUGAAUAUUAUGUGCAAAUAAAAAAUACAUUGAUUAUAUAUAUGACUGCAUGGUCACAGUAAGAUCUCAUGUUUUAUUACUUUACUGUGCCUUUGUCCGUCUUAAUCUGACAAUGGUAAACAAAAUCUUUAUCUAAUCUAGACCCAAGCAAUGACAUUGUUGAAUACUGUUAAAAUGUAUGUAUAUAUGAAUAUACAGAUACACAUAGACAUACACACAACACAAUUAUAGCUUUAUUUGUUAAUAUAAUAUCCAUUUCAUAUGAAUGAAGAGUAAAUUCUUAUCUAAAUAUAAUUAAUUGAAAGUAUUCAUAUUAAUCAGUUAAUACGAUAGAGAUAGUUUUGAAAAUGUGUUACGUCAACUAACAAGAGAUUAAUUUUCUACAAAUCUUGGAAUUAUUAUUGGAAUUUUCUUAAUUAAAAUUAUAAUCGCAUGAGAAAAAUAAUUUAAAUGAAUUUGAACGAAAGUGACAAUUUAUUUAAUAUAAUAAUUAAAUGUAAAGGGAUGAAUAUGAAAUAUGAAAACUCUUUUAAUUUUACUGUUAAUGCUAAUUCAUCGAUUAUAUCCCAUUUUUAAAUAAGAUUAUGUACUACGAAGUUUAAUUAUAAUUAUAUUAUACUAUAUAUUAUUUAUUUGUACUUAUAGAAGAAUUCUAAUAUACGAAUGAUAUUGUAGUUACAAAGUAUAUUACACGUCUUCAGGAAUCAUUGUAAGAGAAAAACCUUGGCAUAAAGCUUGCCAUUAAAUUUUUAUCUAUUGAAAAUAAUACUUUAAAGAAUUAUCAAUGUUAAUGUAAAUUAGAAAAAUAUCUACUAUUAUUACAAAUCUGUAGAGGUUGUACUUAAAAACACUAUACUAUAUUUAUACUUAUACACAUGUAAUGAAGAUAAAAAUGAGGUAUUCACUAAAAUUAUUUGUUAUACUGUGAAUGAAAAACAAACAAAAAAUUAUUCUAUUAUUUAUGUGAUAUCUAAGAUUAGUAAUUGUAAAGACAAGAAAAACAUAAGAAACAAUAUGUAGUAUUUUUAGCUUGUUUAUAAUUUUAUGUUCACUUUUUUCUUAAAAACAUUUUAUUAUUAAUAUUAAUUAAGCAUUAAUUACACACUUGACUGAAAUCAAAAUUAUUUCUUAUACAUUCCAAAAGUUAAAUGUGUAUUAUAAUCAAUUUAUAGAUGUAACAAUAUUUUUCAAUGCAUUAUACUGAACAUUAAUUUUAAAAUAUUACUUUUACCGAUCAUUGAUUACCACAAAUAUUCGAUGUGGCGCUUGAACGAUCAAAGGUGUAAAUUAUAUAGUAAGAAUUUUUUCAAUAACUUUUAAAAUAAAUUAUAAUUGUGAAUGAAAUAAUGCUACUUUGUAACACUGAAUUUCAUCUACACUUAUAAUAAUUUUGUACGAUAAGUAACUAUGUACACGUAGUUAAAGAAUCUAGUAAUUGGAUAAUCAUAUAAAUUUUAUCCAAGAAUAAUAUAAAUGUCAACAAAAGAGUAUUCUUAUUAAUUUCUUAAUCUAGAAAUACCAUUGUUCUAUCAAAAGUUUCAAUGGAGACAACUUGACGAUGAUGUUUCUUUGAUGCAAUAUACUAAAAUAUUGAAAAUAUAGUAUUUUAAACAUAGUCAUUAAUUAAACAAAAAGCAAUAUAACGCUGUACAAAUGUUUCUUAAAUAUCUUUUUACUUAUCAGACAGUGCCUGAGAAUAAUAACAAAAUUAAAAAUAUAAGAAAUAAUUGUGCGUCAUAAUUAUCAGAAAGAAACAUAAGAGAUAAUCUUGGCACUGACUAGAGAUAAUUAUUUCAAACUUUUGUGACUAAUCAGUAAUUCGUUCGUUCUUAUGUAAAUUCUAUAUAGUUUAAUCGUAUGCUCUGCAAAGAGAUACAUAAUAAUAGUAAUAAAUGUGAUUUCGUUGUUUUCAUAAUAGUCAAACACAUUAGCGAAAAGCAUCCAGCAUGAUAUUCGAUAUAGCAUAAUAAAUUUAUAUGACCUUUUACAGUUUAACGCGCUUGUACAGAAUCGCUAAGAAACAUAUGUACAAAAAUUGAAAAUAUAUAAGUAUAUUUAUCUUAA